CGCUGCCUAGACGACGACCACUCCUCCUAUACCAUUCUCCUUUUCAUGACAAUGUGUAGGCCUUUUAAGAUGCACUCUUCUUACGACACGUGUCAUGCCCAUUUUCAUGUUAACGCUGAUCGGAAUCCGGCGACCAUACCACUGGAUUGGACCUGCCUUGUUUAUUUUUACAAAUUAAUAUGAUUUUCAAAUAAAAAUCUCUUUCUCCUCCUUUUUGGGUCUUCUCUGUCGCAGUCUUCUUCUAUCCCCAUUAACACAAUAUUGACGUACUACUCCACUCUCUAACAAUCCUUUUCCACUUCCACUAUAGCUACCUUUGUUUCUUCAAUCAUCUUCUCUAAUCGACGACAAUGGAGCUACUGCAUCUCUUACUCCAAAAAAUACUUUUCUGCACAGCAAUGGCAGUAUUUUUUGCCCUGUUCCCUCUUGCAUCUUCUGUCAACGAUGAAGGAAAAGCAUUGAUGUCUCUCAAGGCGUCUUUCAGAAAUGAAGCUAACAUGCUGGUGGAAUGGGAUGACACUCAGAAUGUUGUAGAUUUCUGUUCGUGGAGUGGUAUAGUCUGCGAUGAUUCCAGUCUUUCUGUUGUUUCUCUGAAUUUGUCUAAUCUGGGUUUGGGUGGAGAGAUUGCACUAGCUAUUGGUGACCUGAAGAAUCUGGAAUCACUAGAUCUUAGAGGGAACCGUUUAACUGGUCAAGUUCCAGAUGAGAUUGGAGAUUGCAUAUCACUUCAACUCCUGGACUUAUCCUACAAUAUGCUUGAAGGAGACAUUCCCUUCUCGAUAUCUAACCUCAAGCAGCUUGAGAUACUGAGAUUGAGGAGCAAUCAGUUGACAGGUCCUAUCCCUUCAACAUUAACACAGAUACCCAAUCUUAAUACUAUCGACCUUGCUACUAAUAGGAUUACAGGGGAGAUACCGAGGUUGAUAUAUUGGAAUGAAGUUAUGCAGUAUUUGGAUUUACAUCAUAAUCUACUUACAGGAACACUAUCCCCAGAUAUGUGCCAACUUUCUAGCUUGUGGUACUUCAAUAUAAAAGAAAAUAACAUCACAGGAACAAUCCCAGAAAGUAUUGGUAACUGUACAAGCUUUGAGAUUUUGGAUAUCUCAUACAAUCAGAUAACAGGAGAAAUUCCUUACAAUAUUGGGUAUCUACAAGUGGCCACUUUAUCCCUGCAGAAUAAUAAACUGACAGGGAAAAUUCCUGAGGUGAUUGGUCUUAUGCAAGCUCUUGCUGUUCUGGAUUUAAGUGAGAAUGAAUUAGUGGGACCAAUACCACCAAUUCUUGGUAAUUUAUCAUAUACAGGGAAACUAUAUCUCCAUGGCAACAAACUAACAGGGCCAAUUCCACCAGAGCUUGGAAAUAUGUCAAAGCUCAGUUAUCUGCAAUUAAACGACAACGAGUUGGAUGGUGGAAUUCCAGCUGAACUUGGAAAACUAAAGCAGCUCUUUGAACUGAAUCUUGCAAACAAUAAACUAGAAGGACCUAUCCCUCACAAUAUCAGUUCAUGCACAGCUCUAAAUCAAUUAAAUGUUUUUCGUAAUCGUUUAAAUGGGAGUAUCCCCAUUGACUUCUCUAGUCUUAUGAGCAUGACAUACCUGAAUCUGUCAUCUAAUCAUUUCAGUGGCAAUAUUCCUUUAGAGCUGGGGAGAAUAGUCAAUUUGGAUACCAUGGAUCUCUCAGGAAAUUUCUUCACUGGCUCCAUUCCCUCAUCUGUUGGUGAUCUAGAGCACCUUCUCAUCAUGAACUUGACUCACAAUCUUCUUGAUGGUACACUACCAGCGAAAUUGGGAAGUUUGAGAAGUGUACAAAUUAUAGAUUUAUCAUUCAAUAACCUAACAGGGAAUAUACCUGAAGAGUUGGGUCAGUUACAAAACAUUAUGUCCAUUAUAUUGAACAACAACAACCUGUUUGGAGAUAUUCCAUUUCAGCUGACUAAUUGUCUAAGUCUCAACAGCCUGAAUGUAUCCUACAACAAUCUAUCUGGGAUUGUUCCCCAGUUGCGUAACUUUUCCCGGUUUUCACUAGAGAGUUUUAUUGGAAACCCAUUCUUAUGUGGGAACCGGCUAGGACCAAUGUGCUGCACACACGCACCAAAAUCGAGAGCAAUUCUCUCGAGGACAGCUAUUGUUUAUUUUACUGUGGGCUUUUUCAUCCUAUUGUGUACGAUAAUGCUCACUCUAUACAAAACCAACAAACAAGCUCCCUUCGAAACAAAAUCUGAAAAGUGGAUGAAAUGUCCGCCCAAGCUAGUUGUUCUUCAUAUGGAUAUGGCCAUGCAUACCUACAAUGACAUAAUGAGCGUCACUGAGAAUCUAAGUGACGCGUACGUUAUUGGACAUGGUGCAUCCAGUACAGUAUACAAAUGUGAACUAAAGAAUUCUCGACCAAUCGCAAUCAAGCGAUUAUACAAUCAAUGUGGGCAUAACUUGAUGGAAUUUGAUACCGAGCUUACAACCAUUGGAAGCAUUCGACACAGAAAUCUUGUUUGUUUGCAUGGAUAUGCUUUGACACCUGUUGGGAACCUCCUGUUCUACGAUUACAUGGAAAAUGGAUCUCUGUGGGAUCUUCUUCAUGGGCCGUCUAAGAAAGUAAACCUGGACUGGGAGACACGGUUGAAGAUAGCCGUUGGAGCAGCUCAAGGGCUAUCUUAUCUCCAUCAUGAUUGUGAUCCUAGAAUUAUUCAUAGAGACGUUAAAUCAUCAAAUAUAUUGUUGGAUGAGAAUUUUGAUGCCCGAUUAUCUGAUUUUGGGAUUGCAAAAUCCAUACCAGCAGCCAAGACCCAUGCAUCAACCUGUGUUGUUGGAACCAUUGGGUACAUCGACCCUGAGUAUGCUCGCACGACUCGGCUAAAUGAAAAAUCAGACGUUUAUAGCUUUGGAAUAGUUCUCCUUGAGCUGCUGACUGGUAGAAAGGCAGUUGACAAUGAAUCUAACCUCCUGCAGCUGAUAGUGAGUAAAGCGGGCAAUAACACAGUGAUGGAAGCAGUUGAUCCAGAGGUUACUGUUACGUGUACGGACUUGUUCUAUGUCAGAAAAACAAUGCAGCUUGCUUUACUGUGCACGAAGAGUCAUCCUAGUGAAAGACCAACUAUGCAUGAGGUGGCAAGAGUUUUGGUCUCCAUUCUACCACCUCCAACUGCUAAGAUGUCGACGAAUCCAAACCUUGCUAAACCUGUUGACUAUGCAAGGUUUGUGAUCAACAGGGGAGGAUGGCCUGGUAGCCAGCCCCAGGCCGCUGACUCUCAUCUGCAGCUAGCUGAUGAAGUUGAUUCGUCUGAUGCUCGGUGGUUGGUUCGUUUUGAGGAACUAGUAUCAACAAAUACUGAAUAGGAUUUGCCUAUUGCUAACUAGCUACUGUUAGUUUCAACAAAAUUAGCUGGGCAUCUCUAAUUGUUGUGGCCCGCUUGGGUUUCGUCCCUCUCCCAUCUCAUUCUCUGAAACGUCGGUAAAUGUUGUGUUUUGGUUACGUGAAUUUAACUUUCUAUGCUAAAUUAUAUACUCUAAUUAAUGACCUGGUUAAUAUUGAAUUAAAGUCUCA